AAGCGCAUCAAUGGGAGGUACGAGAGGUUUUUGGAAAGGACCUUCCCCCGUUUCUACGUGCUGUACGCCACUUUCACGAAAGGAAUCCAAGCGCUCUUCCUGGAAGUAAAAGAAAUACGAAAAAUCAAAUCUAAAAUGUCCCGUCAGAGACUGAGCGUUCAGCAGCUUCCCUACCGCGAGAUGGAGAGGCUGCGGCAGUUUCGCAGGGACGUGAUCAAGGCCAUUCCCAUCGGAGUUAUCGCCAUCCCACCCUUCGCCAACUUCUUGGUCAUCGUCCUGAUGUAUUUCUUCCCACGCCAGCUCCUGAUCCGCUACUUCUGGACCCCCAACCAGCAGGUUGAGUUCCUGGACGCCUAUGAUGCCAUCCGGAGAGACUUGUAUCCAGACGUGGUGGAGAGUUUAGCCCUGGCAGCGCGUUCCCUGCCUGAGCCGCAGCUCCAAAAACGCCUGCUGGAGCUGGGCGCCGAGGUGCAGCGAGGUUCCCAGCCACGCGUGGCCGAACUCUACGCUGUGAGAAGUUUGUUUUCGGGAUCUCCACUGGGUCUGAACAAGCUCCAGGUGUCUCAUGUGAAAGCCCUCAGCCAGGUCCUGUUCCUGACCCCUCACUUGCCGACCUUUUUCCUGAGGCAUCGCCUGCGGAGCCACAUCUUGGAGAUCCGGCACCUGGACCGUGCCAUGCUGCGCCUGGGCUUGGGCCAGCUGUCCGAGGAGGAGCUGAAAGCGGCAUGUUACCUCCGUGGCCUGAACUCCACUCAUCUCGGCAUGUCUGAGUGCAGAGCGUGGCUGGAGCAGUGGCUGGGGCUCUCCUGCAAGCUGCAAGCUUCCGAAGCUUCCCUCCUGGCGAACAGCAUGGUCCUGCUGUCCCUCAACUACGUCAGGGCCAAGGAGUGA